GCAGGCGCGUCCGCUAUGGUCAAAUCAAGAGGUUUUAUUUGUUCCCUGACAUCAGGCUGAAUCUUCUCCAUAAGGGGAUUUUCUUCUAUCCUUCAAAACCGCGCUCCGGCGGUGUAAGAGUGCGGAGGAAAUUGACAGUAGAAGAUGAAGAAACGUUAUGUGGAUGCCAAUAGGCUGAGGAAAAUGAAGAAGAUGAAAUUGACGGAGAAGCUGUCUGAGAGCGCUUACACCUUCCUGAAGUGCAUGAUGGUGUGGUCUCUGGUGCUGCUGGCCGACUUUGCACUGGAGUUCAGACUGGAAUACCUUUGGCCUUGCUGGAUGUUUUUCGGGAGCGUGUACACCACCUUCCACUGCUACGGGCUGGUCAUCUGUGUGGUUUUCGUCUGUGCUGCGUUCACUUUGGAUAUCUUUUGUUUAAUUUUUGUCCCCCUGCACUGGCUGUUUUUUGUGGCCAGUACUUAUGUGUUGUUUAACUACAUUUGGCACACAGAGAAGGGCAUCUGUAUUUCCACAGUGUCCCUGUGGAUCCUCCUGGUGUACACGGAGGCUUCCCUUCGACUCAAAGACCUCAAGAUCUCCAGUGCUAACCUGUCUCAUUUGUUUGCUGCACACUGCAUCGGCUACCCCGUCGUGUAUCUGGGUUUCGACGCCACUUGCUACUUCACCAACAUCUUCAAGCUGCGCACGCAGAAGGCCGUGCAGAGCGACAACCACUUCCACAUGCACCUCCUCCAGCACUCCCUCCCCCAGGGCCUGCAGCUGUACCCCAAGACCGCCCCAGACGGGGCCGGCGCCUCAAAGUGGAAAACCAGAGAGCUGGGUCAGUACCAGGGCCCGGACGCCGGGGCCCCGGGCCCCGAGGACGCGCCCGGCAGCGAGGACUGCCUCCAGCUCCACGGCGAGGACCCCAGGGCGUCCGACAAGGAGCCGACGCUGGAGGUCAAACCCGUGGACCCCCCCAGCCGCCGGGCGCCCACCUCCUCCUCCUCCUCCUCCUCCGUCUCAUCCAAGACCCCCACCACUGGCGGCGGCGGCGAGGCCAGAGACCCGCCCCGGGGCCUGGGGCCCACGGAGCCCGCCGCGGCCCCCGAGGGCCCGCCCCAGGAGGAGCAAGGGGGCCGCGCCGCGCCGGCGCCCAUCAAGAGCGGGUCCCCGAAGGCGGCCCGCGGCAGGGGCAACACCAACACACCCUCGCCGCCCCCUCCGACCUCGUCUAGGACGGACAGGAGGCAGAGGCUCCACUCGAAGGCGUCGGCGGGACACGGCGGGGACCCGGCGGAGCGGGCCGCCCACAACCCCCACGCUGAGCAGAUCAACAAGCUUGAGCAAGAGUUCAGGAGGCUGAAAGGGGAACUGCAGGCCAGCAGACAAACAGAACAGGAGCUGAAGAGCCAUAUCUGCAACCUGACCAACAGCGAGAGGAGCCUCAGACCGGAGGUGUCCUUGCUCAGGCAGUCCAACGUGCUGCUCCAAAGCAAGAUUCUGUGCUUGACAAAGACCAAACACAAGGACAAGCAGACCAGCGCAGCGCUGGAGAAGAAGAUCAGGGCAGAGCGAGAAGCCAGAGCCUCCAUUGAGAAACAGAUGGUGGAGCUCCAGGCCCAUAAGAUGGAAGAAGCGGCUAAUUCAGCGUGGAAUUUAGCUAACAGGCAAGAACACUCUGAGACCCAAAUGUUAAGGAAAAGGGUUAAAGAGUUAGAGACAGAGUACAAACAACUACAGCUGGAGUAUCAAGUGAAAGAGGGUCGCGUGGUAGAUCUAGAGAGUGAUGUUGAGGCUUUACAGAAGUACCGCUGCGUGGAGCGCGACACGGCCGCCAUGCUGUCCACGCUCUCGGCGCUGCAGGACAAAGCUCAGCAUCUGGAGUACAACCUGAGCGCCGAGACACGCAUCAAACUGGAUCUGUUCUCCGCCCUGGGGGACGCCCGGCGGCAGCUGGAGAUCGCACAAGGUAAAGUGCUGAGACAGGACCGCGAGAUCGGCGCCAUGAAGCAGAAGAUCGCCGAGGUGAUGGCGGUCAGCCCGAGCGUGUCGUACAUGAGCGAGCGCGCCCCCAUGCCCCACUACGUCACCAAGCUGCUGGGCUCCGACCGCUACGGCCUCAACCCCCGGGCGCUCAUGUACCAGUGUCUGAAGAAGUAGAGGGGGGUCGGGCGGUCGCUGUCGGCAGGGGGCCGAGGUUGUUGUUGUCGUGGGAACCACGUGGGACUCUGGGCCGGGCCGCACGACACAGAGCGGUGUGAUACUUUGUGGCGGAUCAUGAGGUCGCAGAGAGAUGAACCGAUGACUCUCACAGCCAUGUUUUCUGAAUACCAGAGUCCACACAGAGGUGUGAGCGAGACACGGCCGUCUGAAUGCUUUUUUGCUGCAUUGCUGGUGCUAAAAUGACAUCUGUAACGUCCUUAAAGAGCAAAAAAACACUGACCGUUUUACAAAUUGAUAUGCUGGCGUUGCCAAUCGAUUGCUUGUGAAAGGCUUUACAUUGAAUACCAUUGAUGGUAUUUGUUUACAUCUGACUUUUACCAACAUUUUCUAUGAUGUUGUUAUUACACAAGCUUUCUUGACAAAUAAUGAGCAUUGAAAUCAGUUUCCUCCCGGAUAAUCCCUCCCAGUAUUUUAGGUUUGAGGCGGCCUGGGGACGUAGGUAUUCAAAGGGGUUGAUGAACGGAGCCAGAUGACUGCGGUGGUGCUGUUGCUGCUUCACUGUGAGAGCGGAGGUUCCUCGGGUUAAUGUUUUAAAGGUACGGGUGUCACUUCAAAGACAAAAAUGUAAACUGUGAGAUGACAGUAUUGAAUUUAUCUCUGGCCUUAAGCCAGUGUUUAACAUCGUAAUGUUUGGAUGUUUGGAUGUUUGGUAACUGUUGGAACCCUGCAUUGGCUAUCCUUUAAGAAGGAAUUGGAGAAAGUAAAUUCACAAUAGUGGGCUAAUUAGUUGCUAUGUGUGAAACAUUAUCAUCAAAAGUUUCAAUUUUUCAGUAAAUUAAAGUGUAGUUGUGUAAUUAACACAACAUGUGACCAAAUGUGACCAAAAUUGUGGGGGAAAUUUGUUCCUAAAUUUCAUGAUUGUGCCUAUAUUACAUUAUUUUAAUACUGGGAAGUCAAACUAAUUUAAUGUGAAAGAGUAAUGUGUUUGAAUUGAAGUGCUAUGUACUGUUUUUGUAGUCUUUCUUACUCAAGAUGUAAAGAAAUGGAAAAUAGCCUGUAUUGACGAUAAAAAAAAUACAAAUACAAAAACAUUUCAUGGAUGUUGCCACUUGGGUAGGUUUUCUUGUUUAGAUUGUCUUUCUAGGGGUGUUUUAUAUUUCAUAAAAGUAUUUUUUAGUUUUGAUGUAAUUUAUUACUUACUGUAAUUUUGUACGGCAAUGUGUUUGUCCGCAUGAAAUGUCUUACUCAAUUGCAAUUUCUUUGAGCACACAUUGUGACGGAAGAUAUGUAAAGCAUUUUAAUUGAACAAGGGCUAGUUUCGUAAUAUUUUGAUCAGACGAUUGAAACAAUGAUGGUCCUGUAUCUUUUUUUUUUUUUUUACUCAUAAACACUUAGGAAAAAAUAAAGUUUUCUUAAAGCUU